AUGGCCAUAACAGCCGCCAUUUCCGUUCCUCUCACAUCCCCCACGCGCCGCACUUUCGCCUUCCUCAAUAAUCUCUUCCCCCACACUCCCAGAUCCACUCUGCCCACACCGCCACGCACCUUUAAAUACCCUAAUUCCCGCCUCGUCGUCUCCUCCAUGAGCACCGACGCCCCCGUCAAAACCCCCUCGGCUUCCUUCCUCCAUAGCCGAGAGACCGGCUUUCUCCAUUUCGCCAAGUACCACGGCCUUGGAAACGACUUUGUUUUGAUUGACAACAGAGACUCGUCCGAGCCCAGGAUCAGUCCGGAGAAAGCGGUGCAACUGUGUGAUCGGAACUUCGGUGUUGGAGCUGACGGAGUUAUCUUUGUAUUGCCUGGCAUCAAUGGCACUGAUUAUACCAUGCGGAUUUUUAACUCUGAUGGUAGUGAGCCCGAGAUGUGUGGUAAUGGAGUGCGAUGCUUUGCCAAAUUCGUUUCUCAGCUUGAGAAUUUACAAGGAAGCCAUAGUUUCACAGUACAUACUGGUGCUGGUCUGAUUAUUCCUGAAGUCUUAGAUAAUGGAAAUGUCAGAGUUGACAUGGGGGAACCUGUUCUUAAAGCCUCAGAUGUGCCUACCAAAUUACCUGCAAACAAGGAUAAUGCUGUUGUUAAAUCGGAGCUCAUUGUAGAUGGAGUUAUCUGGCAUGUGACCUGUGUUAGCAUGGGAAAUCCACACUGUGUAACUUUCAGUAGAGAAGGAAGCCAGAAUUUGCUUGUUGAUGAAUUGAAGCUAGCAGAAAUUGGCCCAAAAUUUGAACAUCACGAGGUGUUCCCAGCACGAACUAACACAGAGUUUGUGCAAGUAUUGUCUAACUCUCACCUGAAAAUGCGUGUUUGGGAGCGGGGAGCAGGAGCAACCCUAGCCUGUGGAACUGGAGCUUGUGCUACUGUUGUUGCCGCCAUUCUUGAGGGUCGUGCUGGGAGGAAUUGCACGGUUGAUCUACCUGGAGGGCCUCUUCAGAUUGAGUGGAUGGAGGAAGAUAAUCAUGUGUAUAUGACAGGCUCAGCCGAUGUAGUUUAUUACGGAUCUUUGCCUCUUUGA